AUGGGGUUCUUUGACAACGUCAUGCUCCAGAUGGACGAGGGCGUUUCCGGUUUCUUCGGACAAUGGAACAACUACACCACCGCCAUUGUCACCCUGCUCGUUGUCAUCGUUUCCUAUCGAAUUGCAUCCAGCCAAGACCCCGAUACCCAUCCUAUGCUCCUUGCCCGACAGGCCCAAGGCUCACCAGUUCGACAAAAAGGAGAAUCGCCCGUCUAUCGAUCCCACUCUUCUCCUCAUGGCAUGCCCCUGAACAGCGGACUCAACGUCAAGGACCCCGGUACUUCGAAAUGGUCGAGAGGACGCGACGGAGAUCUCAGAGAUAUAUGGAGAAAGGUUGUGGCUGGCGCAACUGGCGAUGAUGGCAAGGGUGUCAUGGGAAAGGGCAGACUGCUGACAGUCUUGGGCUCCGAGAACGUUAUUGAGCACAAGUUGGAGGACAUCACUCGACAGAUCAAUCUCAUCGGACAGCAUAUCCACGAGCAAGGUGGUAUCCGCGUUGCCAUUUACCUGCCAAACUCUAUUGAGAUCCUGGUUGCCCUGUUUGCCUGCAGCUUCUAUCCCAAUCUCACGGCCAUUCUGAUUCCGUUCGACGUGUCCACGGAAGAGCUCACCAUGAUGCUCCGUCGAUCUGCCGCAGACACUGUCAUCACGGCUCCCGGCGCGUUCCCUUUUGAACCUGUCGUCAAAGCGUAUCCCUCCCUGCGCCAGCUGAUCUGGGUUGUUGAUGAAGGAAGCAGCCACAUGGACUGGAACGAGGUGCCCGAGGGUACCGGCGGCAGUGUCAAUGUCGCGACUUGGCAAGACAUCAUUCGCGACGCCCCUGCUGAAGCUGGAAGAGAGUUGCCUGCUCCGAACAAGGAGGAUGAACCCAGGGAGGUCAUUACUUUCUGGCAGACGAAGCCCGGCACCAUGGAAGAGAUGGUUCGUUUCACUCAGGCCAACUUGGUCUCUGGAGUUGCUGGUCAGCUUGCUGCUGUUCCUUCAACCCAGCGCCUCAGCCCUUCUGACCUGUUCCUCGCGGCCGACUCUUUGACAAACACUCACACCCUCAUCUUGACGCUCGCGGCUUUGUACUGCAACGCCUCUGUUGCCUUCAACUCGGUUGCUGGACGCUCGCCUGACUUGGUUCUCGCUACCCAAGGAGUGACCCCUACCGUGCUUGUGGCCACGCCAGAGACUCUGUUGAGGACACACCAGGAGGCUACUAAGCGCCUGACCUCUGCCAUUGCCAAGGUUGCUCACUGGGCCCAAUCCCGCUCUCUGACAGAAAGCGGCGUGAUGCCCGUUGCCUCUGCGGCCUCCCGAUUUAACAGCUCAUCGCGGCCGGCAAUUGGCAAAACGCCGGGCAAGUUGCGUCUCGUUUACGUUGCUGAUAGAGCCGGCGCUGAUUCUCCGCCUCUGUCUUCUCGGAUUCUCUCUGACCUUCGCGUGUUCUUGGGUGCCAGGAUCAUUUACGCUCUGGCGGCCCCAAAGGUUGCAGGCGCCGUUGCGCAGACUGGCUACUACGACUACAGAGUUCAUGACGAUGAGCGGUCGCAUUUCGGUGCGCCUGUCACGAGUACGGAGAUUCUGUUGAGGGACACGGAGAAGCACAAGAAUGCGGACUCGGAUUAUAAGGGAGAGAUCAUAGUCAGAGGCCCUUGUGUUGCAGGCAAUGAGGCGUCUAUCAAGAUUGCUGGCCAGAUUCGGGACGACAACACCUUGGCGUAUGCCUGA